GAAACCGGUUUCUUAAAAGGGUUUGCAAGAGGAAACUGAACUUCCUGUUUUGACCGUGAAAACAUCUACUCUUCUGAAACUAUCUGCAUUUUUGUGGAAACACAACACGGCUCACAAAGUCUCAGUCAACGAUGCAUCCUUUUUGUGCCGCUCUGCUUCUGGCUUUUUUCAUCCAUGGUCAUUCCGUUCCUGAUGUAAACCGUUUGUGGGAGGAGUGGAAACAGAAACAUGACAAAAGUUACAGUAAUCAGACAGAGAUGAAUUUCAGAAGAGCCGUAUGGGAGAAGAACCUGCAUGUGGUGAUGAAACACAACCAGCAGGCCACGGAGGAAAAACACAGCUUCACUGUAGGACUCAACCACCUGUCUGACAUGACAGCUGAGGAAAUAAACGAGAAGCUCAAUGGCUUCAAGAUGGAGGAACAUGCCGACUACAGAAAUCACACUUCAAAGCUAUCAAGCGGCGUAUCAACACCAGCGAGCGUAGACUGGAGGAAGAGCGGUCUGGUCGGUCCUGUCACGAACCAGGGUUUGUGCGGCUCGUGCUGGGCUUUCAGCUCUUUGGGGGCUCUGGAGGGCCAGCUGAGAAAGCAAAGAGGAGUCCUGGUUCCACUGAGUCCACAGAACCUGGUGGACUGCAGCACUGUGGACGGGAACCUCGGCUGUGGAGGAGGCUACAUCACCAAGUCCUACAGCUACGUCAUCCGAAACAAGGGCGUCGACUCGGAGGAGUUUUACCCAUACGAACAUCAGAACAGGAAAUGUCGCUAUUCUGUGACAGGAAAGGCUGGUUAUUGCUCCAGCUUCCACAUUCUUCCACGGGGAGAUGAGGGCGCUCUGCAGGCCGCAGUGGCUGCAGUGGGACCAGUCGCUGUAGCCGUGAACGCCAUGUUGCCAUCUUUCCAUAGCUACAGAGGAGGUUUGUACGAUGACCUCCAGUGCAACUCCAUGCUGGUAAACCAUGCUGUCCUGGUUGUGGGGUAUGGCAGUGAAGCAGGACAGGACUACUGGCUUGUGAAAAACAGCUGGGGGUCUGGAUGGGGAGAAGAAGGCUUUAUUCGGAUUGCCAGGAACAAGAGCAAUCUCUGCGGCAUUGCAACGUUUGCAGUCUACCCUUCACUGUAGAUUUUCAUGAAAGUCUAUUUAAAGUUCCACCAUUUUAAAAGCCUUCCCUGUGGUCUUUUCAUCCUGAUUAUGCCGUUUUUAGCAUGACAUAACAAAUAAAAAAAAUGUAAACAGCAUUUUUUUCAUCUGCUCCCAAUUCACAACAAUCUGAAUAAAGAAAACUCAAAAUGUAAUUUUCUUUAUGUCCUCCGUCAUCAGAAAACUGCUACAAGAACAUAUAAAAAACAAAACAUUUCACCAUUCUCAUUGGAGUUUAGAGUUAAAAACCAAAACAAGUGUCUUUUGCAUAUUGUACAUUUUUAUUUAAAUAGUAUGCUUGAUAAAAGUUUUUAUUAUGGUGUUAGAAUACCAACUUUCUUUUUUAUGUUUUUUUGUAUGUGUUGAAGUACAUUUUAUGCAAAAUAAACAUUACAUGGAAAAAUACAA